AAGGAUGAAUGCGCGUUAGCUAACAGUGGAUGUCAGCACACGUGUACCAACACUGAUGGAAGCUAUAAGUGUUCCUGUUACAGUGGAUACCAGUUAAAACCUGAUGGCUUAACUUGCCAAGGUAAAAUUAUGAUAUUUCUAAGUCAUGAUCUUCAUACAAACUAGCCAGGGUAUCUUCUCGAUUGCCUCGACUUUUGCAGGUAUGAUUGUGAGAAUCAAAACGAUCGAUAUCCCGACAAUAAUUUUGAAAUCCCCCAACAUUAAUAAUCUAGCUUCCUGUCUAACAAGGGCUUUCGCGAUCGCCUCGAUAUUCCGCAUCGCCCACAAUCGCAUCAGUGUUCCAGGGGCGGAUCUAGGGGGAGGGUGCAGGGGGUGCGCACCCCCCCCUGAGAUGAUCUGCGGUUUUCUAAUACAACUGGUAUUCUGCAAAAAAAAAAACUAUGUGGUUUAUUGGUGUUGAAGUAGAGCAAGAGACAAGUGCACCCCCUCCUAAAAAAGAUUCUGGAUCCGCCCCUGUGUUCCCAUGGGAUCGUCUUAAUCGCCCGGGCACAUUUUAAAGACUACUUCCUUACAUUGUCUUCUCCUAUUUUUAGGCGCGUAAAAUUUACUUGCAUACGUACGUAAAAAUUACACCACAGUGCAAAUCCAGUCCUUGUGUUAAUGUUUGGCGUGAUUCUUGUUUUCUAAUUAUUCACGAUUGCAGCGUGAAGCAAAAGACCUUUCCCUAUUUUUGUAUAUUUGUGUUUCUGUGGUUUUGCUACCUACAUGUACCUGGCUUCCAACUUUUAUUCUAGUGCAAACCUAGGUCGAUUUGUAUUUGCAGUUUAGGUACACUUAUUACAGGUUAUUACAAAUCAGGUUCACCAAGACUUACAUCGUUAGCUUUUGGAAAACACUUAGCAGAUUAACACAGAACUUCUCUGAGGCCACUACAUUCUUUUAAUUUUUAGAUAUUGAUGAGUGCACGGAAGGUUCGGCCAUGUGUGAUACUUUAAGUACCACCUGCAGAAACCUUAUUCCAUCAUACGAUUGUAACUGCAAGGAAGGAUACAAGGUCAUACCAAACAACAAGUAUCGAUGCGGACGUUGAGAAACCAAAGGGAAAAACCCAGGGUUAUAAAAAUAAGGAAAAAGACAAUCAAAGGAAUAGGUUGAAUAAGUUUGAUGUAUAACAUUUCGUUCAAAAGAAUUAUGACAAGUAAAAAGAAAACCCUCUGGUGAAAAAAUGAGAAACUAAAAUUGUUUCUUUUGUGAAAAUAAAUAAUUAUAAGGUGGAUGUCUUGUUUAGUGAUAUAUAUAGUGAAAAUUUGAACCUUAAACAGACAUAUUAUCGUUUUUAAAAACGUUUUUUGAAUCACUAAUAUAGUUAAAAUUAGACUGAAAUAUUUACGAUGUUAAAAACUCAGUGAGUUACUGAUUCUGCAGAUUUCUCUUUGUAAAGUUAAGAAAUGAAUCAGUAGUUUCUCUAGCAACCUCAGUUUUUUUGCGGGGUGUUGGGAAAGGGAUCAUUAAAUACAUGGGUUCUCCUCCACUGAUAGAAUUAGUGGGUGAGGCCAAGGAGUAAAUAAUAAAGGUUGUGUAGGGAAUUGUUGUAAGCAAAAAGGAACGAAAAAUAUGUGAGGAUCAUGGUUAAGCAAAGUAGCUGAGGGACUGAUAAACUGCAAAGCAGUUAAGCCCACAGCAAAAAAGGCGUUAGGGGGUUAAGGUACAACAAUAGUGAGGGACCCACAAACUGCCAUGCAGCUAUGUCCACUACAGUAUUGCGUAAAUAAAAAUCAUAAGGGGAGUAAUAGGGGGUGUAGAGUUAGUAUAUUAAGAGUUUGAUGUAUGCACAAGUGUGAAAAUUGUGACAUAAUUUUAAAGAUGGGGCAAUAUUUUAGAAUAUGUUAUAUUCGAAAUAGAAGAUAAAAUAAAAGAUUAUAAUUAUAUAAAAGGAAAAUGUAAAGUUUCCAUUAACAUUUAAACUAGUGAAAGUUUUGUUCAAUAUCCUUCUUGCAUUCUUAUUAGCAUUUAGUUAUGGAAAGUCACUCCAGACGAGCAAUCUCGAUGGGGAAGACGCGUAGAUGCUAAUAAAGUAAUCAGAAGGGGUGGGUGGGUGGGGGCGACUCCAACUAAAGUUGGUCAAACUGACAACUGUAAAAAAUUAACACAUGCUUAUAUACUAAGCGCAAAGUCUAAUGAAUAUUAAUAAUUAAUAUAAUAUUAAUAAAACAAUUCUAAGGGAAUAAAAUAUAAAGUGUAAUAGAAAUGUAAUUUACAAAAAAUGAGUGAAAUAAAUGUACAAGAUAAGAAUUUGCACAGUGAAAUUACUGAUAUUAGGAAUAUAACUUGUAAUGUCAAAAUUCAGUUGAAAGAGUAUUUAAAUGGUUAGUUGUUAGUCGUUUUUUUUGUCCAUUAAGGUAGAGCCACUCUUCGUUAAGUUGUGUAAGUCAAGAUAAAACUAAAUAUAUGAUUUUUUUGUCCAUGUUGUUGAUUAGAAAGUCCAGUUGUCGCGCGCAUUUUUCGGCUUUUUUGUCUGAGGUCCAGUGUUGUGAGGUUAAGAUCCAGUGUGAAAUGAGGUUGGGUGAGCAGCCAUUGCCAACUAAAAAUAAAAAUAGUUUGAAGGUGAAUUUGUCGCUAAUAGGUUUCUUCCAGAAAAUUAACUUAAAAUCUUGUGGCCAAACAGAAAGUGGAUAAAAUGCGUCGCCGUGGAAUGAAUUAAAAAGCUGAAGCCUCUGUUGGAUGAUUGAUGUGGGGGAGAGGUUACGUAGGUGGUGUUGAUUAAGGUGAUUAGAAGUGAAGAGUGUUUGUCCAUUGUAGAAGGUAGUCUGUUAAGAUAACAAUAGAUGAGGAGGUGAAGUAGAGGGUGAGGAUAAGAGCAUUAAGAUGGUAAUUCGUAACUAUUAACUAUUACUUAGCAUUAAAAGUUUGAGAGAAAUUUUCCCAUUGUUAUUAGGGAAAAAGGAAAACGGAAGAAGAGCAGAUAGAGUGUGAAGGAGAAUGGGAAUACCUGGGCAUGGUAAAAAAGGAUGCAUCGACACCAAGGCUCCUGUAAUGUUGUGAAUCACCAGGGACAAAGCACAACUGAGCGAGGAUGUUUGUAGCCUGGCGCCGAGCCUUUGCCCGACAAUCUCUGUGUCAAGUCAAUGAGAAGAAAAAAGGAAAAAAGGGAGAGAGGAGAGGAAUGGCAAGGAAGCGGCCGUGCAGAGAAAAAUUUUAAUUUUAAUUUUUUAUUUUGGACAGAACAAUAUAGUCUCUUCAUAUGUAAAUAGAGUUUGAAAAUGAUUUACAUGAAUUUGGGAUCAUUCUCGGCAGCUGGGCACUGUAAUUAUCUUACACAAGCCUUACCCAUUUAUAGUCAACGCAGCCGAAAUCCUCGCGUAGUCAUUUAUGCUCAGUGCUUCUUCAGUUCAAUUCAAAUAAAAUUGCUGCCAAGAGCCUGACCCAGACUGGUCCCCUCAGGUUAUCUCGCUUGCUCGGUGGUGCCGACACUCGGGAGAACGGUAAACCGGGACAAUCUGCAGGCUCAUGUAACUGAAAAGGCUCUGAGGUGAAUUUCACGGUUUAGCGAGCCGUGAUGAAACAGGUUUGUCCCUCCGCGCCUCCGCUUCAUUCAAUGCUUCUUCUACCUUUUAGGCCGUUACGUAUUAGAAACGUUCUUGCGGUAAGCGAGUGUUAACUAGUGUUGUAUGAAAAACAUCAUAAGUUAAUAUAUAGAUUUAGCAAUGGCUAAAAGCGAAGCUCCCGUUAAUAAAUUCAUAACUUAAAUCAAACAGUAAACUUGUAAUCCACAGAUAGGGCACAUUCAUGUGACUUUUGAGGCAAAUUAAGGCUCAGUGAUUUUAGAGAAAAAUAAUUUGACAGUCCAAGAGUGAAACAAAUUUUACAUCGAGUUAAUGGUCUUACUUGUACACCCAAAAAUAGCAAUCAUGUUCGAUCACAGUAGAUUAGGCCUGGAAAACAAAUAGACCUAUUCGUGUAUUGUAUUUGCAUUAGCUGUUGCAUCAUAAUGUGGCAUUCUCCAGUCUCUCCAACAAUGCUCCGUUAGAGAGACUAUGGAUAAUUGGACAACCCCGAAAUAUAUUUUUAAGAAACACACGAGCCACGAUAGUCCUUGGUGGAAGCCAAUUGACACGUUGCAUUCCUCUGUGUAAAAGUGAGGCCAAAAUAAAAAAUCAGGCCGGAUUUUUUCUGUUCGACAAGUUUAGUUUACAAGUAAAUCUUGGCGACGAAUCUGGUGGCCUGUAAACCAGCCUAUUAAACAUACUUUUUCUCAACACGUCUCAGGUAAACAGUACUAUGAGGCCCUUUUUUUAUCAUACAGACCUCGGACAGAAUUUGUUCUUUCUUGCCCUAUUCUUUUUUUGCCCUAUAAUUCUGCGGUUUUUCACAAUUUUGCAAGACAAUUUGCACUCCACGACGUCAAAGCACGCGCUUCUUUUGCACAACAAAUUAUAGCAUGGAAUUAUAAAACGUUUUCAUGAAAAGAAUUUCAUUAUGCGGGACUUUUCCGUUAGAAAAAUCUGGUCUUGUGAUAUGCAGGGUAAUAAUUAUGGGCUUUUAGUGAAAACGAUAAAAAAAAUUCCCAAAAUCACCUUUUCGGCCAGCCGGACGGGUUCUCACUUUUGACAGGCAAAUUUGCAGUGCGAUUAAUAGAGUUACCAUUUGCGCUUCAACAUGAUAGACAAAUUGUUAUGUUUAGGUUUUAUUUCCCUUUAUUUAUUAAACUGUGUAUGGUUUUGUUAUCUGUAAUCUUUAAAAGCGAGUGAUAUUUACGCGCGGCGUUUUGAGUAUUCCUCCAUGCGAUGUUUAUGUUCGACUGGAGGGACUAUAUAAUUCGGUGAAAAAUGUACAGAGACAAUAAUUUUCAUUCACGAAGAGAAGUAUUGAGAGUAAAGUGUCUCUGAAAAUCAUGAGUCAGGUAAGCAUAAACUUGUUUACGUUUUAAGCCGGCUUCCCGGUGUUUGCUCUUUUUCAAGAUGAACUCGAGGCAAGAAAAUCGCUCAGAGCUUUCUGUUUAUAGCCAAAAUCAUAACUAAAUAAUCUUCGGAACCUUUUCUUUGAAUUUGCGGUCAAAAAAUGUCUAAAGGCUUCUUAAACCUGAUACUAUUGUAGGUUAGAUCAUUGCUCGUGUAUAAACUUAAGCGCAUAAACCAUACGCUCGACUUCAGGAAACCGAAAAAAAAAACACAUCAAAGACAAUAGUUGCUCAGGCUUACCAGUCGAGAUGCUGCUUCUGAAGGUCAUUAAGUGUUCCACAAUCGCUGGAGACUUUUCAACCCUCUUACGCCUCAAGCAAGGGCAAGUGAGUAAGCUCAUUCUUGAAAACGAUGCCAUCCGAAAUCGGAUUUCCAAUGACUUUGACAACCGGAGCAUUUGUCAACAUAAAGCGCAAUAAACAAAUCAGCCAUGAAUUACAGAACAAUCUUGAUAGCAGCUGCAUUUCAUUUUGUACACCAAGUACAAAAAGACGGUUUAAAACAUCAGAAGAUGACACAAAACUCUGUCAGCUCCAGCUAUCAGUAAGCAAGUUUCCAGACGCUGUAUAAAUUUUCCGCAUGAACUCACCUGUCAAAUUUUGACCAAUCAGAACAUAAAAGUUGGACGUAGAGCAUGAUCAACGCGUGACAGGGAGAAAAGUCAAAAGCGAUUGCCUGACCAGCAUGUAAAAGCGGGUUGAAUUUUCGCGUCCGAAGUGAGUUCGAAAUCAAAAUUUUAAAAAUGCGGCUCAUAAACACGACCUAUUUCAUAUGCAUUUAAAAAAAUUGAACUUGAGUCUGCGAUCAUUUGAAAAGUAGCAACUUGUCAGCGGAUACCUUCAAAAAAACACUCAAACUCAGUGGGUCGAUACCUGAGCCCGCGAUACGGUCAGGCGAUACUGGUCAGCACAAACACUAUUUUUUGGACAGCUGUCAAUUAAUCAAAACAUGGAUGUACAAUAUCAGGCUGCAGGCUCCCAAAUUAGCUAGAAAGUGUGAGAUUAAACAUUGGUAUGCCUGUGGUGCGGACGGACGAAAGGUCGGGUGGUCGAUGUACGAUCACGUGAUUGCCGAAUUUUUUGGGAUGGCUAUGGGGCGUCGAAUUGAGCCCGUGAUCAAAUAAAAUAUCAGUGCAAAACUUUAAACACUACGUGAACUCAAUGGAUAGAAAAACGAGCGCGCGAUACACUCAGGUGAUGAUGGUCAGCGUAUACUCUAGUUUGACAGCUGUCAAUUAACCUUAAUUAGGAUGGCGAAUAUUCGAAUUAACAGACUACGAGUGUGAGUAAGGCAUAUCCGUCCCGCUUGUAGUGGAAAAUUGCCAGAUCGUGUACCUCAGCGAACCUGAGCCCACGUUAUUAGUUUUCUAAUAGUGGUCUACACAUGUCCCAUUUUGACAGCUGUCAAUUGACCUUAAUUUGGCUUGCCAAUAUAACUUUAAACGACUGUCAGCCAACUGACAGCCUUGCCCGGCGUAGUUUCGUUUUUAUGUUGAAUUGGUAAGUGUGACAUAUUAUAUCAGCUUAUAUAUAGGGGCAAAACGACUGGUCUUUCAUCUGAGCCCGCCGCGAGAUGGUCAUGUGAUAAUUGUCAGCGGAUGUCUGAUUUUGACAGCUGUCAAUCUAAUCGUACUCAUACGGAUGGCUUACAUAACUGAAAGGCUAGUCAAGUUGUGCAAGAUCUAUAGUGACAUUUGACAUCGGCUUAAAUGAAGUGUGUGUACGGGUGGGCGGGCGGCCGUACGCUACGUCAUAACCAUAUUUUCUCGGAUGGAUAGUUUACCAAAUUUUGUUACCCAUGGUCCUUCGCUGCGCGCGCGCUUCGCGUGCGCGAGAGCUCCGCUAUAAGGGUAUAACCAUCAGGAUUGUCAGCUGCUAAACGCCUUUUCAAUUGUUAACAGGGAUCAGUUACCAUAAGCAGUCCAUUAUCGUUUAACGUAAGGCACGGGCCAUUGACGUGCUUUAUUUAUUGUAUUUAAUUAUUUAUAAUACUUGGUUGACUCUACCACUCGUCGUUUAGUAGUAACUAAAUUUCAUUUUUAAGCCACCUUCUUCCUGUGCUUUGUAGUAAUUAAUGUAUGAGAAACUGACCAAUAAUAGCUGUAGCAGGGUGGGGAUUCAGCCUGAAUCACUUUGAAUAAUCCUGUAUAAUGUUUGUAAUUACUCAUCUACAGGGUGUUGUGUGCAUGCAUAACAAAGGCUUUAAUCUUCAAUAUCCCUCGCUAUCACAUUAAUGAACUGUCUGUCUGGUUUUCAUAUUUUCUGUCAACGCACGGGGUAGUUAUUCAAAACAUUUAUUUCGACGACGAUUGGUAAGUGAUGAAGAUCUCUUUUAACUAGUUUUCCGUUAAGACGAGAUCGUGACGCACAGUAGCUUCAUAACAGCACUUAAUGUAAAAAGAGCCUUGCUUCAGCAGUUAGGGUUGAGACGCAAAUGAAUGUUUUAACCUACAAAAGCACUAUGUUUCCCAACAAACUCCACUGUCAACUAACAUUUAAUAUUAAAAAAAAGUGAUAUGAUGAAGAUGUGUGCAUGAUAACGACGUUUUUUUCCUUCUUUAUGACUUAACUUCAUGUAGGUUAAGCAACGACUACAACGAGAACGGCAAAGAGUAGCUAAGCACCAUGUUUUCUCGUGAAUCACACUUUUUUGUAGCGGAACCUCCAUAUGAUUGUUAUAGAAAGCUGAAGCCUAUCGAUACGAAAAAAAUUGGGUCUAAGGCACCCGUACAGGCUCUUGGGAGAAAAAAAGGAGUCCCAGACAUGCAGCUUUCGUUCGUCUUCGCGAAAAAUUAACCAUUUCAGAGUCAACCGUCACAUAGUCGUGUCCUUGCUCACGCUCCAGGAACAAUCUAGUCAGACUGCUCAAAUUGUUGGCUGGUGAAUUCCAAAAUAAAGAACUUAUGCAACAUCUUGAACUUUUCUUACUGACAACUGAAGCUUUGUAUAGUUUUAACGUUUUAUUUUUUCGUGUACUUCUACUGCCGUAACAAAAUGAAAUACCGCCAGCUGGUAUCAAGAUUCUUCUUCUAUUGAAAGCGUGGCCCUGGAAAUUAAAAAUAGAGUUUAGCCAUGCCUAUGCCAGUGAUGAAUGUUAAUUCCCUUUCUUGUAUUUUCGUUAUGAACUAGUUUUUAAUCCAUUAGCAAUUACUUGGCCAGAUGCAACAUGUUAAACAAAUGUUUUAAUCUUCUAUUCUGCUUUCAAUUUAUUAAACUUGUCAUUUACCUUUUAAUAACAACUGGAAAUUACACACAAGAUAAGGUCUGUUAAUUAUAAAGUAAUUAACAACUCGUAAAACGUUCAUACGUGCCUCUCUAAUCGUCUGUAAUCGUUUUGAAGCUCACAAAACAUUUUGUACCCAUUUGAUCAGCUUUGCAAUUCUUUUCUUGUUAGGGUUAACUAAUCUGAUUUGAAUGCACCUUAUAGUGGUUUCUUCAAAGAAAACAGGAAAUAGAUGGCAGAAUAUAGUAAUCCGGUUUGCUCCUUUUUCUCUAUAAGUCAACAGGAACAUCAAACUAAGUAAUAUAUGAAGAACAGCUCAACUGCAGAGUAGGUUAACAUAACAAAUGACACUAUAUACAUGCAUAUAAACAGGCGAUCCCUGUUUUAUAAACAAGAAUUUCCACACAAAGCUUCCUCAAGUAACUGAAGGUUUGGACUUUUUAUCCUUAGACUGACUGCCCACUGGUUCUUUUCUUAAGAAAUAAUUUCCCUUAGUCAUAAAUUUUAAAAAGAGUAACUUGACUUUAUGAAUAAUUCAAGUCCUAUGAACCGUCGCGUUAAGUUAUGUGGAAUUUAUUGGCACUUGUGAACGUUGGCGAUUUUCAGUUAAUUAAGGUGCUAAGACAUCUCAUUUGUUGUUUAACAAAUAGAGUGGGUUAGCACCUUAAUUAACUGACAUCAAUGCUGCCUUUCCUAUGAAUCUUAUAUCCACUUAUAUGUGCCUACUAAAAAGAAGUAUUGUUAGCACGUCGCUCAGGGGCGGAUCCAGAAAUUCAGAAAGGGGUGGUCGAGAAACGUGACAGCUAUAAUUAGAUGCUAUUUAUAUAUGUGUUACUGAUAAUUCAUUAAAAACAAUAUAAAAUUUCACAGAAAAAAGGGUGGCCGCGGUUCACUUGGCCGAACCCUAAAUCCACCCUUGAUCAGUAAAAUCUAGAACUGUAGCAGCCGUUUUAAGAGUUUAAAGUACAAGGUCAACCUGCCUUAUGGCCGGACUAAAUCAGAUGAUGAGGAGGAAGACACAAAUGGAGAAAUAUGGGAUGAUGAGACUCAAGAUCAGACAGAUGAGGUGGUUGAAUCGGAUUUAACACUGUUUCUUAUCGAAGACAUAGUAUAAGGUAUCUUAGACCCCAUCUUUGGCGAAAGAUGAGAAAAAACCUUCGCUGUAAACCUAGCCUACAAUCUUUUAACUGUAGUUGUAAUUGCCAGGCUUGCCUUUCUAGAACGCUUUUUACUUAUUGUUAUAUUAAUGAUUAAUGACAUAAGUACGUAGUUCCUAGGUUGUUAGAGUUUUACUGUAAAUUAUUAAUCUUAGCUAUAUUAUUUUUAAUUUUUAAAUAUUUAUAUCUAGUUUCUCCAGUUUGUUUCAUUAGCUAAAUACUCUCGACACGUAAAUAAAGUUCAUCAUCAUUAAGUAUAGCGCUGAGAAAGAGUGCCUAUUCUUGGAGAGGCGAUGACGCUAUUUCACAAUGGUUCAGUUAUUUGGUAUAAGCACGUUAUAAAAGAGUAAAUAUAAAAGUGUCACAAAACGUUCUCCAAAUAAUUGAAAUGUAAACACUUUCGAAAGUGUAACAGACUUGCGCUUUAUAAAUAAAGUUGCGUUUAGAACGAAUUGAGACUGCAAACACUUUUAUCUCCCAGUAGAAUAAACGCAUUUAUUUCAUAUACUCCGAAACUGGCAUUUUCCUACAGGUUUGAGUGGUCCCUCUGAAUUAUUAGAAAUUUUUGUUCAAUAAUCCUCCCUUUUGGGUUCUCAAUUACGAAUGAUCCCCCUUCUGUUCUCCUAAAAAUCCCCCACCCCAACCCCCAAAAAAAUCCUCCAAUCCCCCCCAAAAUGAUAAAUAAUGACUGGCCCCUUAGGAGGGGAGAAAGGGGACAGGAAGGCGUUCCAGACUUGUAGCUUUGUUUUGGCGAGAAAAUUAACCACUUUAGAAGCACCCAUUACAGUUACUCCUUUAAAAUCUUUAAGUUUCUUGUGUUUGACUUACGAUAAAAGCUUUCCAAAAUGCAUAAAGACUUUGCGUUGAGAUUGUUAACGCAUUUGCUCCUACUCCAGGACCAACCUAGUUUUGAAUUGGUCAAAACGUUGACAGGUGAAUUUAAGAGUAAAAACUGAUGCUAUAUCUAGAAAUGUAUUUGCUUUACAUUUUUAACCUUUCGUGUUCAUGUUUUGCCGCCACAAAAUGAAAUACAGCUGUUACCAAGAUUCGUCUUUUACUCAAAGCUACUCUGGCCAUGAAAAUUGGAUAUAAAUUUUAGCUGUUCCAGAAAUAAAUGCUUCUUUGCUUUAUUCUAUUUUCCUUAGGGAACAGAGUUUUAAUUUCACCAACAACUACUCUGCCAGGUGCAGGAUGAAAAACAAAUGUUUUAAUCUACAAUAAAGUUAUUAAACUUGUCUUUUCUCAUUAACGAACAACCAGAAAUUAAUCAACACUAGACGAGGACUAUUAAUCAUCACUGAAGUGCUGACAUAUAUAAUUUGAGCUUUGGAUGUUUUUAUUUCGAUCAGAAGCACCAGGCCUCUUUAAUCCUUUUGAAACUUAAUAAACAUUGUACGCUUUCUUGAUCAAGGUGUUUUGUUGUCAGUGGUAUCUUGCCUGAUUUGAAUUCGCCUAAUAGUAGUUUCUUCAAGGAAAAAAGGGAAUAGUAGGACGAAAUAUAGUUAUCGGGUUUGUCUCUUUUCUCUGGCAAUGGCGUCCAUAAGUUGACAGGAACAACAAAUAGUGAAGAAUAGAGCAAUUGCAGGUAAACAUAAAAACUUUUAUCUAACUGAUAAUAUAAAAUAAUGGAUACUACCUUGAAAAGCGAAAAUUAGUUAGCAUUAACGUCGCAUGACGAUUUUCACUGAUUUAAGGUGCUAACACAAAGAAGGUUACAUAAAAUGCGAGGGUUAAUAGGACGUAGUUUAUUUCAGAAAGUCAAGUUACUCAGGCUCUUCACUCUUUCUGAAAUUUAAAACCAAACAAGAGGAUAACGGCUUGAAAGUCGUCUAACGAUAAAAAGUCCAAACCCUCAGUCACUUUAGAGCAGAUCGUCUCUCAAACAGAGGCGUCAAGAUAAGAUAUGAGACGUCAGGAAAAAUGCCGCUUUUGUAGCUUAACGAGAUUCAGCUUUAUGGGUAUAACUUAAUUGUUAGUUUUUGAAAGUUUCAUCUAAGAAACCAUAUGCAAACGACAAUAGGCUGACUUUAGUACACAGAACGGUCUGGUGAUCAAAAUUUAAGUAUUUAUUGGUCUAGGAAAUCCAUCCUUAAUAUUAUUUGAAAAAUGAUCGGUACUUCUUCAUAUUUUCUCGCUGUUGUCAGCGGCCGUGUUUUUUACCUCAUUUAAGCGUAGCGACAUUGACUCAACUUUUUGAAGGAAGUCGAACGAUCCGAGCCUGCCUUGAGUCCUUUCCAAAAUUUCCGCAUAAGGCACUGUUAAUUAUAGUUUUCACGUACUUGGUUUAGUUCCCAGUGAGGAAGAACUUCAACUUUCAAAUUUAGAUGUCCGUUAGCCUGCGUAGCAAGCGUUUCUGUACUGUUUAGGAGCAAAGAAAGAGGAACAGGAGUCAAUGACAGCGCGAAAAAUGGCGCAAGUAAAAGAGCGGGAAGGGGGUGGGGAGGAACAAUUUCAUAAUUUCAUAACGAAAAGCUAGUUCAUUUGCCUACAAAGAGAAAACUGAGUUCUCUUUUGAACUUUCUCAAUAACCUGUACAAUGAAUAGAAAUCUCACGCCGUCGAGUCUAUCCAAAAUUCACCUGUUAUCUGAUAAUGAUAUAAGCUUAAGCUUAAUACUAACGCCUCUCCACCAAAGAAACUGACAAAAAUGAAAUGACUGCAAGACCACAUUCAGCCGUAAAAACUGCAAAGAAGGUACUGUAAAGUCGAACUGGGUUUUCAGAUCGUAAGAGUGCAAAAUAAAUCACGUCUGUAUCUUCCCCAAAGACGGGAGAUUGAUCGAGUCGUUUACUCAAUGCAUCCAUCUUUAAAGUGAUGACAUCACAAACCAAUUCGAUAAUAUAUUACGGAGAAAUGCAUCAUGUGAAGACUGCAUCAUACUCCUUUUGCAUUACCGUUGACACAAAUGUAACAGUGUCCACAUAAAGAAAGUGCAUGAGAUAACUCAUUUGCACAUGGCAGCCAACACUGUAAAGACCCCUAUAAAUCGCAGACUACCCUUCGGGUAACUCCGAGUUAAAAAGGUUACUUUGAAUGCUAAAAAUAAUAUGUGAAGGUCUUUUAGUAUACGCCAGAUUUACAAAAAUUUAGAGAAACGAUAUCGGGAACUUUUAAACAAGUUACCGCUCAAAACAAGUUUGCACAAUAAAUGUUUGAUUGUAGUUGGGAAAGCCGUUCUUCUUUGUGAACGCAUUUUUUUUCUUGAAACUGUUCGCAAGGUUAAAUCUAUAUUCCUUUGCUUUGUUUUAGUGCAAACCACACAAGGCCGAUGAAGUGGAGGAAAAACAUAAUGCUUUCAUGCAUCUUAAGACCGCCUCUCUUUAUGCUACUAUUUCUUCCACUAACAUCAUCUAACGAUGGCUAUAGAAAUUAUAAAGAUGGCGACGUUAUCAUUGGUGGUCUACUCGACAUCCACUAUUAUGGCACUAGUGAUCAAUGUACUGAGCUUUUUACCACAGGGCUGGGAUACGCGGAGGCUACGAUCUUCACUAUUGAGAAAAUUAACAAGAAUUCCACUAUUUUACCUAACGUGACCAUCGGCUACGACUUAAGGGACUACUGUGGGAGCAAUGCUCAGGCCAUGAAGAUGGCCUAUGACCUCAUGUUCAUAUGCAGUGGCGAUCCAGUACAUAUGUCUAACCAAAACAUUAGCAUCUCCUCCACAGGCUAUGUCAAGGAAACCAAAACCAAGACCAUCUCAGCAUUAGUUGGCCCUGCUGAUUCCGGAAGCGCAGUACUAGUAGGAAGUCUGCUUCAGGUUUUUGGCAUUCCCGCCUUCAGCCAGAGUGCAACAAGCGAUGAGUUGAGUUCACAAAUGUACAAAGACUUUUUCAGAACAGUUCCACCAGACAAAUGGCAAGCGGAGGUCAUAGCAGACAUCCUAGAGCUCUUUAACUGGACUUAUGUGGCGGCUGUCGGGUUGGAUGAUUCUUAUGGACAGAACGGGAUUUCAGCGCUGGAAAAAGAAUCCUACAACCGGAAAACAUUUUGCAUUGCUUUCUCUGAGUAUAUUCCACGGCUAGGCCAUUGGGAUAAAACAAAGCAAACUGUUCUCAAGAUUAAAAGGAGAUCUGAAGUCGCAGUGAUCAUUAUUUGGCUUUAUGGCGGUUACGGAAGGGCAUUUUUUGCAGAAGCAACUGCGCAAAAUCUUGAAGGAAAGACUUGGAUACUUAGCGACGCAUUGACCGCGGGAGAGGCAGUGUUUCUUGACCCUCACUUGACAAUUCUAAACGGCUCCUUGGGAGUAAGGCCACGUGACUAUCCCACUCCCGAAUUUGAAGAGCACCUUAAGACGAUUACCCCUGCCAAAAGCAUUGAAAGAGGCGCAGACUGGUGGGAAGAGUUCUGGAGAUUACAAUUCAAUUGUUCAGCCUUGAAAUCCAAUGACUCUGGGGUCGCACCUUGCGAAGCAAAUCUAACGUUACACCACGCAUUACACAAGAUACGCGGCUCCUUCGUUUCUUAUCUCAUUGACGCUGUAUAUGCUAUUGCACAUGCCCUAGAUAACAUUUACCGCUGUUCUCUUACUAUACAUAGUGCUGGUAAAAGAGGAAAGUGUCCUCCAGUCAAGCCAACUGUCAAGGGACGUGAUCUGGAGAAAUAUCUCAGAAACAUUAGUUUUGACGGCUUGACUGGUAAGGUGCGAUUUGACAAGUUUGGUGAUCCUCUAGGAGCUUCCUACGCCAUCAUAAACUUCCAGCUUGACUCAACCACAGACGGAGCACGCAAAAAUAUUCUGGUUGGAGCUUGGGACAAAGAAAACACGCCCAAACUCAAAGUAGAUUUGUCCAGACUACGAUGGAGAACUCCCUUUACCCCGUUAUCCUCUUGUUCAUCAGAAUGUUUACCUGGUACCAGAAGGGAAAUCACCUCGCCAUGUUGCUGGGAGUGUAUUAAAUGCCCAAUGGGAACUGUCAGUACCAAAGUCGGAUCCACUAGCUGCACUAAGUGUGACCCAGAGACAAAGUCAAACGAAGGGCGCAGUAAGUGUGAAAAGUUACCAAUCAUCAACAUCACGCAUUCAAAUGUCUCGGGAAUUACCAUAACAGUGGUGGCUUCCAUGGGUUAUAUUUUCAUUUUGUUAGUUGGAGGCACCUACAUCAAGUUUUUCAACACCCCAGUCGUAAAGGCCUCUAACAGAGAGAUCUCUUUUCUGUUGCUAUUUGGUAUCUCAGCUCUCUUUAUUUUAGCCGUCCUUGAACUUUCUGAGCCCAGCCAUUCACUUUGCAACGCAACAUUUUUCUGGCGCUAUUUUGGUCUCAAUCUUUGUAUCACAGUGCUCUUUUUGAAAACUAUGCGAAUAGCAAGCGUUUUUGAGGUCGAUAAAGUGGCGCAGUUGUUUACACCGUGUUACAAAACCCUAACAAGGCAGGGUAUUUUUCUCUCAGGUAUGAAUUUAGGUUUCAUUUGUUUAUUGGCCCUGUGGAUCUUUCUUGACCCCCCAAGGCGUAAUAAAGUCAUCCGUGUAGAUGAGUACAUCUUUCUUGCGUGCAAACCAUUUGACACCAAUCUCGGCCUUGCACUGUUCAUCGCAGUCUGUGCUUACAUGCUCAUUGUGGCUUUCCUGUGUACGUAUUACGCUUUCAAAGCAAGAAGAAUUCCCGAGAACUUCAACGAGACAAAAUACAUAGGAUUCUCUAUGUACAUUCUACUGUUGUCAUCGCUGACAUAUUACCCUGUGCUGUUUGCUUUUGAGAGCUGGUACGUGACAAUUGUAUCUUGUACUACGACUUUAGUAACUUCGUUUGGUAUGUUGGGAUGCAUGUUCGGGCCCAGAAUCUACAUUCUCUUUUUCCAAUCCCAGCAAAACACCAUCGAAAAUGUCAGGUCGCAGGUGAUGAAUUUCUCCUUUAGUAAUGUCACGGCAACCAGAGUUUUGCCG